AUCCAAUGUAAAUUGUUUAGACGCAGUGUUUUGUAAUUCUUUGGUAGGCAAGUAUGAUAUUUUUAGAGCUUUUCACAUAACAAUUACUGUUCUGCUUCUUGAUUCCUACCCAUUACCCCUGACAUUUUGUCUUUGCCCAUAACUUGUCUCAGUUAGUUAUGCUAUGUAAAUUGACAGACAUACCAGUUCUGAACAUGCAGCUUCUUCUGUCAGCUAAACUAAUGAUGGUGAAUAACUAGGGAUGCUGAAAGGGCACUCUCAAACCCUGGAUUUAUUUUCCUGAUGCCUCCCUGGUGCUGGCAGUCGUUUCCAUCUGAUUGUACAGGGAGGCAGUUCUGGGAGCUAAACAGAAGCUUGGUGACUUGUUAAUGAAGGGUUAUGCUGAUGGCAGAUACCAUUUGGCAGGAAUAGCCUCCCAUAAAGACCUUUGCAGGUGGAGUUACUACGCAGAACACAAUAAAGGUGCCAAACUGUAAACACUAGGAAUUGAAUCAUUAAUGCCAAAGAGGCAAUGACAGGAGAAAAGGGGAAUACUGUUCCCUUGUUUAUGGCUUUCUGCUCUUCUGUAAACAGCGUUAUUACACAUAAGAGUGCAAAUAACUCUGCUCCAAGGGUUUGUGUGUGAUAAAAUAAUCUCCAGUAGAUAGCAGUUUUGCUAUUUGGAAGAUCUGCAGGUGAGUACAUGGGCAAGUUUUGUGCUUUUGUUGCAGCAUUUUGUAAUUUGGGCAUUGUUGUGUUGAACUGUAGUUUACAUAUGCUUUCAUGUAUAUCCUAAUACUGAAGGUUUUCAUUGUUUAUUUAUUUUUUUUAAAUCUUUGCAGUGUCCAUAGGGGUGAGCUCAAGCCUUGCAUUCUGCAACAUUUAGGAGCAUAUCUGGUUGAGAGCAUCUUGUAACUGCAAAAUCCCAAAGGUACAUGAUGCUAAAAGGAUUCAAGCUAGAUAGUGGAAGGGUAAAUAAGGCAGGAAGUAAGUUUCCUGUCAACUGUGUAUCUCAGUGAUGUGCUUAAUGUACCUUUCUGUCUGCAAGUGACAAUCUGCAUACCUCUUCUUGCAGUAGGUGACUCUAGGAAGUAAUUGCCACAAAUGCUUAUAUGGAAAUGGGGUGAGGGCUUUGAGUAGCAGCUGUACAGCUUGAAGACCACUCUGUCAAAUGAUCUUUAAGUAUUAUCUACAGAUAACAUUCCAUAGGACUGCUUAGCAGAUGCAACUCACAGAGGUAUUUCUUAGCAAGCACACUGAUGUUGCUUGAGUUCUUGUGGAGCUCUGAUGAUAAAAACGCCCUGUCUUUAUCAGUACCAUAAAAGGCAUUGACACAGCCUGCAGUCUAUUUUAAAACUCCUCUUUCAGUGAAGACCCUUUGUUUGAAUUAACACAAGCUGGUUUUGGAGAUCUAAAAGGUCAUCUUAUAGAAACACUUUGAUUCUGAGGAUGAGAAAGAUGGCACGUGUAGGAAGUAAGAGUGAGGCUAUGAGGCAAGGAUCUUUGAUUCAUUACCAGCUGGUGAACAUGGAUGAACACUGAUAAUCACCCUUUUGUCAUAAUACGGCUAAAGGUCCAGGAUCAGAGGAAUGAACAGGAAAAUGCAGACUAUUCUUUCUAACCAGAGAACAAGGGAAAUAUUUAGUAAAUGUGUAAGGGUAAAAAGCGCUAACACUUUUCUUCCAUAUUAGAAGCCAAAAUGUUGAUCCCUGUUCUGGAAUUGUCAUCUAGGAAUUUGGACCAUAUAUCCCACUUAGUCUAGUACAAAAAAAGAAGUCAGCCUUUCUGCCAAAGCACCCACGAUGACUAGGAGAUUGAUCAGUGAUACAUGGAUUUGUCUUUAUAUACAGCAGUUCACAAAGAUGAGCCAGAAGAGGUGGAGAGACACUACACCACCUGACAGAGUGCAGAUAAACAGCUGUGAUUUUUUUUGUCAACAUACUGCUCUUAUGUGUCUUUUGACAGGGUUGCAGCAUCUUUUCCACAGCGCAUGCUGUCCUGGCUUCUGUGAGGUUUGGGAACAGCCCUUCCUUUGAGAACAACCAGCCUUGCAGAGUCAUGCCUGUGAGUAUUUCACCAGUGCCAUAUAUCACAAUUGAUGAGGUAAACAUUACCAAAUGAGGAGAAAAGGAAGAUGUCAUCGGGUAUCAGCAGCAAGGCAUUCUUCUUCCCCAUGCAGUAUUAAGCACUCCCCCACGCGAGAAACCUUGACAUACGCUCAAGCUCAAAGAAUGGUUGAAAUAGAAAUUGAAGGUCGCCUGCAUAGGAUCAGUAUCUUUGAUCCUUUAGAGAUUAUAUUAGAAGAUGAUCUUACAGCCCAGGAGAUGAGUGAAUGCAACAGCAAUAAAGAAAAUAGUGAAAGACCACCAGUAUGUCUAAGAAGCAAACGGCAUAAAAAUAACAAAGUGAAAAAGAAAAAUGAAGCUCUCCCGAGCUCACACGGUAUACCUGCUACAGCAACUCCUCUUCCAGAACCAAAAGUACGGAUUGUUGAGUACAGUCCCCCUUCAGCUCCACGGAGACCUCCAGUUUAUUACAAAUUCAUUGAGAAGUCAGCAGAAGAACUUGAUAAUGAAGUUGAGUAUGACAUGGAUGAAGAAGAUUAUGCAUGGUUAGAAAUAAUAAAUGAGAAGCGGAAAAGUGAUGGAGUGUCAGUUGUUUCACAAAAUAUGUUUGAAUUCCUUAUGGAUAGGUUUGAAAAAGAGUCUUAUUGUGAGAACCAAAAACAGGGUGAUCAUCAAUCUUUAAUUGAUGAAGAUGCGGUGUGUUGUAUAUGCAUGGAUGGUGAAUGUCAGAACAGCAAUGUAAUCCUGUUUUGUGAUAUGUGUAAUUUAGCAGUACAUCAGGAAUGCUAUGGGGUGCCAUAUAUACCUGAGGGCCAGUGGCUCUGCAGACACUGUCUGCAGUCCCGUUCUCGGCCUGUAGACUGUGUGCUGUGCCCAAACAAGGGAGGUGCCUUUAAAAAGACAGAUGAUGAUCGUUGGGGACACGUGGUGUGUGCUUUGUGGAUUCCAGAGGUUGGAUUUGCCAAUACAGUUUUUAUUGAACCAAUUGAUGGUGUCAGGAACAUUCCCCCAGCCAGAUGGAAGUUAACAUGCUACCUCUGUAAACAGAAAGGUGUUGGUGCCUGCAUCCAGUGCCACAAAGCAAACUGCUAUACUGCAUUCCAUGUGACGUGUGCUCAAAAGGCCGGUCUAUAUAUGAAAAUGGAACCUGUGAAAGAACUAACUGGCAGUGGGACAACAUUCUCUGUAAAAAAGACUGCCUAUUGCGAUGUACAUACUCCACCAGGUUGCACACGGAGACCUCUAAAUAUUUAUGGAGAAGCUGAAAUAAAAAAUGGUGUUUGUAGAAAGGAGGGAUCUGUCAGAACUGCUAGGUCUACAUCAAAAGUCAGAAAAAAGACAAAAAAAGCCAAGAAAACCGUGGUUGAACCCUGUACAGUUAUGCCAACGGUAUCUGCUCCUUAUAUCCCCCCCCAGAGAUUAAAUAAGAUUAUGAAUCAGGUGGCCAUUCAGCGGAAGAAGCAAUUUGUUGAACGAGUGCACAGUUACUGGUUGCUUAAAAGACUGUCUAGGAAUGGUGUUCCUCUGUUGAGAAGGCUGCAGUCCAGUUUACAGUCACAAAGAAACACACAACAGAGAGAAGAUGAUGAAGAAAUGCAAGCCUUAAAAGAAAAAUUGAAGUACUGGCAAAGGCUGCGCCAUGAUCUUGAAAGAGCACGUUUGUUGAUUGAACUUAUACGUAAGCGUGAAAAAUUAAAAAGAGAACAGGUCAAGAUUGAGCAGGUUGCUCUGGAACUUCAGCUUACUCCGUUUACUGUACUUUUGCGAUCAGUUCUGGAUCAGCUGCAGGAAAAGGAUUCUGCUCGGAUAUUUGCUCAGCCAGUGAACCUUAAGGAGGUUCCAGACUAUUUGGAUCAUAUUAAACAUCCUAUGGAUUUCUCUACCAUGCGAAAACGGUUAGAGGCUCAAGGCUAUAAAAACCUCAGUGAGUUUGAAGAAGACUUCAAUCUUAUCAUAGAUAACUGUAUGAAAUACAAUGCAAAAGAUACAAUAUUUUAUAGAGCGGCAGUGCGGUUACGAGAUCAAGGAGGUGUAGUUCUCAGGCAAGCUAGGCGAGAUGCUGAAAGCAUUGGUUAUAAUAAUGAAACUGGAAUGCACUUACCUGAACGGCCUAAACUUGAGUCACCCCAGCCUUUCUCUUGGGAAGAUGUGGAUAGGUUACUGAAUCCUGCAAACAGAGCGCAUAUGUCCUUGGAAGAACAGUUGAGAGAGUUGCUAGAAAAACUUGAUCUGACCUGUGCAAUGAAAUCCAGUGGGUCGAGGAGCAAAAGAGCAAAGCUGUUAAAGAAAGAAAUCAGCAUUAUUCGCAACAAACUUAGUCAGCAACACAACCAAGCUCCUCAAAUAGAAUCAGGUAUUGGAAGUUUUGAAGAAGAAGGUCCAGCAUUAGAACAAGAUGGAGAAGAGGAAGGAGAUAAAUCUCCCCCUAAACUUGAACCAUCAGAUGCAUUACCUCUUCCUUCAAACUUGGAGACUAAUUCAGAACCACCAACCCUCAAACCAGUAGAACUCAAUCCAGAGCAGAGUAAGCUUUACAAAAGAGUAAAAUUUGAUAAUGAAUUAUAUAGCACUUCCAUUCAGAAAGAAAUAAAUGGACACACUCCAGAACACUUACUUGACAGUAAUCUCAAUGAGUCGACUGUUUCUGCUGUAGCUGAGUCAUCAACUGAUGUAAACAGACGUACAUCCAUUCUCUUCUGCAAAUCGAAAAGUAUAAGCCCCCAAAAGUCUGCAAAGAACACUGAAACCCAGCCAACUUCUCCACAGCUAGGGACCAAAACCUUUUUGUCUGUAGUCCUUCCAAGGUUGGAGACACUUCUGCACCCAAGGAAAAGAUCAAGGAGUGCAUGUGGAGAUUCUGAGGUUGAUGAUGAGUCCCCUGUAAAGCGCUUGGAUACAGGUCUGUCAAAUGGUUUUGGAGAUGGAAGUAAAGAGAGAGCAUUAGAUGAUACUCCUGGAAGAAAAGUUGAACCUCGUCGCCGCUGUGCAUCAGAAUCUAGUAUUUCAUCUAGUAACAGUCUUUUGUGUAACUCAAGUUUCAGCCUACCAAAGUGUGGUAAAGGUAAACCUGCACUUAUACGAAGGCACACACUGGAAGACCGAAGUGAAUUAAUAUCAUGCAUUGAAAAUGGAAACUAUGCCAAAGCAGCAAGAAUUGCAGCUGAAGUUGGGCAUAGCAGUAUGUGGAUUUCAACUGAUGCUGCAACAUCUGUUCUUGAGCCUCUCAAAGUAGUAUGGGCCAAAUGCAGUGGAUAUCCCUCUUACCCAGCUCUGAUUAUUGACCCUAAGAUGCCUCGUGUUGCUGGCCAUCACAACGGUGUUACUAUACCAGUGCCACCUCUGGAUGUACUGAAAAUCGGAGAACAAAUGCAGACCAAAUCUGAUGAGAAACUAUUCUUAGUGCUAUUUUUUGACAAUAAAAGAAGUUGGCAGUGGCUUCCCAAAUCCAAAAUGGUUCCCCUUGGAAUAGAUGAGACCAUAGACAAGUUAAAAAUGAUGGAAGGACGUAACUCAAGCAUACGAAAGGCAGUAAGAAUUGCUUUUGAUCGUGCUAUGAAUCACCUGAGUAGAGUCCAUGGAGAACCAGUCAGUGACUUCAGUGAUAUUGACUAACAGAUUCUAUGAAGGCGUGAAACAUACCACACAGACUUGAACUCUACUAAUGACCCCCUUUUCUAAAAGAAUGUAUUGAAGAUACAACCCCUUAAUUGUUGGCUCAGUGGCUGAGUUCUGCAAACUUGAAAUAGUUGAGUAAAUCUCCUAAAUCACCAUUGCCAUAUUGAUUAAUGAUUUUACCAUGUUGUAGUUUGGAGGAUUUUCCACUAAACCUGUUAAAAUGUCUUGUUCAUAGUGUUCAUAAUUGUACAUAAAUGUAUAUUCAACACUUAACUUAUUCUGAUUUUAGAAGUAGCUCUUUUAAUUCCUUUUUUAAUUUUGCUGGGAGGGAGUUGGUUUUUGUUUCUGUGCUUUUUACUUUUCUUUCUUUCUUUAUGAGGUUAAGUUACCUAAGCGCCAUCUUCCAGCUGAAGGUGUUUAGUGAAUCUUCAAGCCUAAUAUCAAAAUGGCAUCAAAUAUAUGUUUGCCUAAAUCAUAUACAAUAUGGUGCUGCUUUGUAUCAUUUCUUCCUUGGUCUGUAGCUUCUGAAAAAGACUUCUGAAUGUUUGUGUAAAUCGUUGCUCUUUGCACAAAGUACCACAUAUUUAAGAUUGAUGUAAAUUUACAAUUACAAAUAUGUAUUUUAAGAAAGGAAGUUGCAUUAUUUUGGAGGGUACUUUGUGAGAAAGGCAUCAAAAAAAAUAUACUAUGUACAUCACUUGCAAAUCACCAAAAACACUCCAUUGUUGCCCAAAAUAACUUGAUUGUUUUUGUUUUAAACAAACCUGGCUUAAAGCCUGCAAGCACAUUAUUUCUUUCAAAGCCGUAUCCCAUUUAUCUCCCAUUGGUUUAAUUUUGUUUAUAUUUGUGCCUCCCUGUGUUUUAUUUAUUGUAGAAAAUGUAUUAAUUUGCUUUAUAAUGAAAAAUAAAAUUGACAAAUAUAUUGAUAUGCAUUUUUAUACAGGCACAUGAGAAGACAACUUGGUUUGGGAGAAAAAUGUAUUGGAAAUUGUAUAAAAAACUCGAUGGUUUGUGUGUAAUUCGGUUUUUUUGGUAACUUGUAAUCUUCUGUUUCCAAUGAGGGGAUUUAUGUAACUUUUAAUUUAGAACACUUUGGUAGCAAUAGAAACUUUGGAUACAUUUUUGUAUGGUACAUGUGAUGUAUAUAGAAUUAGUACUUUAUUUUUAUUUUUAAGAAGUAAAGCAUUAUGUUUGGGCAGGGGGAAGAAGGAGGGUGGGUUUCCAGAACUGCAUUUUUAUAUUAAAAAGAAAAAAAGUCAAGAUAUUGAUUGUUGUAGCUACUUUAUUCCUACCUUCACUGAGAUACUGAAUUUGUAACAAUGAAAAUGGCAAGGUAUGUUUGCAAUGUGAUUUAUAAUGACUCCAUUAUUUAUAAAUGCACUGUGUUUGAACUCUUUUGCAGUGAUAUCUUAAAUACUGUACCAAGUUAUAUAAUAUGAAACACCAAAUAUAAUGCAUAUGAAUGCACGAAGUAUUUAUGCCCAGCUUUUUUAUAAAGGAUUAGCAAAUACAGCAAAACCAAUACUUUUUAAAUCUUUUUUUAAAACUUCAUUGAAUAGCAUACUUCAUUGUUAAACCUGCUUGAAUCUUUAUUUUAAAGGGACAAUUACUUUUUAAAUAGUUUUUAAUGUUUUUAUUCUCUAUUGUUUGUAAUACCCCCUUAGAAGCUUGAAAUAAAAUUUCUUUCUCAACUGUUAA